AUGGGGUUUGGACGUAUUUUACUUUGUGCAUGUUCAAUACUAUACUUGAGUACAGGUGGAAGAUGGACUGUUGUGACACUUGUAUUUGUUUUGUCCAUUUUAUAUAAUAAAGACAAACAUCAAGAUGAAAAACAACUUGGGUCUUCUUCUUCUGCUCCACAACCAAAACCGAAAAAACCUUCACCUAUUUAUGCCGUUGAUUUUACUUCAACAACAUCAUUUACUUCACCAACCACGAUAAAUAUUCCCAGACGAGUUAUUGGGUCUCGUGCAAAAAGAUCUCCUAAAGUUUUCAAAGCAUCAAAAAAUGCCAUUCAACAACAACAACCAGUAUUGACAAAAACUACAGUUGAUCUAGCAAAAUCUCAAAUAUACAUUUUUUAUACCACUUUAACUGGAUCAUCACAAAGAAUAGCUAAAUCUUUAUAUGAAAAAUUAUCCGGUAUUGAAAAAUUUGAAUCUCCACCUAAAUUAUUAAGUCUUGAUGAUGAUGUUGAUGAUUUAGAAGAAUAUUUUUUGAAAACCCCACAAGAUAAUUGUAUUUAUUUAAUGGUAUUACCAUCAUAUGAAACUGAUUCUCCUAUUGAUUAUUUUUUAGAACAUUUAAUCGAUACAUAUCAAGAUUUUCGUAUUGAUAAAUAUCCUUUAAGGAAAAUCAUUGGAUUUAGUGUUUUAGGUUUAGGUGAUUCUGAAUCUUGGAAUGGUGAUAAAUUUUGUUAUCAAGGGAAAUUAGCUGAUAAAUGGUUAGGUAAAUUAGGUGGGAGAAGAUUAUAUCCAAUGGGACAAAUAUGUAUGAAAUAUGAGGGGGAACCUAAAGCUCAAGAAUGGAUUCAAAAUUUUGCAUCAAUGAUAGUUAAUGAUAGUGAUAAUGACCAACCAUUUUAUAUUGAUGUUGGAAGUGAUGAUAUAGAUGAUAGUGAUGCUGAAGAUGAAUCUGUGGGGAGUGAUGAUGCUGAUACUUUGGUUGAUGUGGAAGAUAUGGGAGAUAUUAUUCGUAAAUCGGGGAAAACUUCUUCUUCUUCUUUUUCUUCAGGUAUAGAAACAAAAGAAAUGGUAGCUAAAGGAUCUCCCACAUUCAAAUCAUUAACAAAGCAAGGAUAUACAAUUGUUGGAUCUCAUUCAGGAGUUAAAAUAUGUCGUUGGACUAAAAGUGCUCUUAGAGGUAGAGGGUCAUGUUAUAAAUUUGCCUUUUAUGGUAUUAAAUCCCAUUUAUGUAUGGAAACUACUCCAUCAUUGGCAUGUUCUAAUAAAUGUGUUUUCUGUUGGAGACAUGGUACAAAUCCUGUUGCUAAACUGAAUUGGAGAUGGGAAGUUGAUCCUCCAGAAAAAGUCAUGGCCGGGGCAUUAGAAGGUCAUUAUCAAAAAAUUAAACAAUUAAGAGGAGUCCCAGGUAUUCAAAUGGAUAGAUUUGAAGAAGCCUUUAGGGUUCGUCAUUGUGCAUUAUCUUUAGUUGGUGAACCAAUUUUUUAUCCUCAUAUUAAUGAAUUUGUUGGAAUGUUACAUCAACAACAUAUUUCUUCAUUUUUGGUUUGUAAUGCUCAACAUCCAGAUGCUUUAGCAAGAUUGGCUAAAGUCACUCAAUUAUAUGUCAGUAUUGAUGCUCCAACAAAACAAGAUUUGAAAAAAGUCGAUCGUCCUUUGAAUAGUGAUUUCUGGGAAAGAUUAAUGUCAUGUUCGGAUAUAUUACGUACUAUACAAUCACAUCAACGUACUGUUUUCAGAUUAACAUUGGUCAAAGGGUUCAAUAUGGAAGAUAUUGAAAGUUAUGCUGAUAUGGUGGAAAGAGCACGACCAUCACAAAUUGAAAUCAAAGGGGCCACAUUUUGUGGAUCUUCUAAUGGUAAUGGUAAUCCUUUAACCAUGCAAAAUAUCCCUUUUUAUGAAGAAUGUAAAACUUUUGUGGAAAAUUUAAAUCAAGAAUUACAAUCAAGAGGUUUAGAUUAUGAUAUUGCAGCAGAACAUGCUCAUUCAUGUUGUAUAUUAGUCGCUGAUAAAAAAUUUAUGAUUAAUGGUAAAUGGCAUACUCAUAUUGAUUAUCCUAAAUUUUUUGAAUUACUUGAAAGUGGUAAAGAAUUUGUCGAUUUGGAUUAUGUUAAAGAAACUCCAGAAUGGGCGGUUUGGGGAUCAGAAGGUGCUGGUUUUAACCCUGAAGAUACUAAAUAUGAUAGGAAAGCUGAAAAAUUGAAAAAGAAAGCUAUAAGAGAUGAACAAGCAAAAAAAUUACUUGAUCAACAAAAAAGUAUGUAA